AUGAAGACUGUCAUCGCCUCUUCCCUGCUCCUCGCGGGUGCCUCCGCUUUCCCUUUCGUCGCCACCGCUGAUGGCGUCGAUUCCUCUCUGCUCCACGCUGAGCGUCAGCGCCUCAGGAGACAACAACCUGGCCAAGGCAACGGCGGUGCUGCUACGUGCCCAUUCAACGCCAACCACAAGCCUGCCGCACCUGUGACUGCGCAGUUCCCAUACAACAACGCCAAGAACGGCAAGAAGGGGAACGAGAAGGGUGGUUUCCUCGUCCCAGACCCCAACGACAAGGCCCAUCAGUUCGUUGCGCCAGACUACUCAAAGGACAUUCGUGGACCAUGCCCUGGCCUUAACGCCGCAGCAAACCACAACUUCCUCGCUCAUGAUGGUGUCGUCACCUACAACGAGCUCGUCGACGCCCAGCAGAACGUGUACAACGUUGGCUACGACUUGGCCAACCUCCUCGCUAUCCUCGGGUUGACUGUCACCGAUGGCGAUCUAGUCACCGAGAAGCUCUCCAUCGGCUGUGAUGCCACCAGCCGUACAUCAUUCAACCCAAUUUUGACUGGAUCCGAGCCCGGUCUCGACGGACACAACAAGUUCGAGGGUGAUUCCUCGCUCACUCGCAAUGAUUUCUUCACUGCCAACGGCGACAAUUUCAGCUUCAACGGCACCCUCUUCGGCCACAUGACCAGGACUACUGGAGGCAACUAUGAUCUGAAGGGUUUGGCCCAGUACCGUUACGAGCGUUACCAGGAGUCUCGUGCCCAGAACCCCAAUUUCUACUUCGGACCCCUCGCCUUGCUGCUGUACGGUGCCGCCUCUUUCCUUUACGAGCUCAUGCCAUCCGGCACUCGAAACUACGCUCCCGACGUCUACACCAUCUCCUCGUUCUUCGGCGCUGAGCAGAACGCUGACGGCAGCUGGAGAUUCAACGGCAAGGAGAGGAUUCCUGACAACUGGACCAACCGUGUCAAUCCAUACACCAUCUUCAAUGUCGGCCAACAGAUCUUCGAGAUGUACGGCCUGCACCCAGUCGAGUUUGGUGGUAACACCGGCUCCGGCUCCUUCAACGGCGGCUUGAAUUUCGAGUCCAUCCAGAACGGCCAGUUCAAGCCAGCUGACCCCAAGGCUGCGUCCUGCUUCUUGUACAUGCUCACCACCGAGCGUGUCCCAUCAUACUUCAACUCUGUUUUGACUCCAACCGUCGAGUCUCUCAGCUUUGCCGCCAGCAAGCUGAGCGGCACUGACUUUGCCAACCUUGGAUGCCCCCGCCCGCUUACCAAGUAA